AUGCUGUUGCUGCUGCUGCUGCUGCUGCAGAAGGUCUCCUUCCUGGAUGCUUCGCCAGAGGGAGACGGCUCGGACGCGGGUUCUGUUGCUGCUGCCCACAGCAGCCUGCAGCAGCUGCAGCAGGAACAGCAGCAGGAGCUGCAGCACGAGCAGCAGCAGGAACUCAAACAGCAGGAAGAUGAGCGUGAUGAAGCUCUGCUGACAGCAGCCGAGGACAGCAGCAAAGGCGAGGAGCAGCAAGGAGCAGCAGCAGAAUUGAAUGCAGAGGUGCAGCUGCUGCGGCGGCAGCGGCAGCAGCUGCAGCAGCAGCUCGCAGCAGCAGAGGCAGGAGCAGCACGUACAGCAGCAUCUCUUGCUGCUAGCGAGCAGCAGCUGGAGCGUCUGCGGGAGCAGCUAGAGGAGAAGCAGCAGCAGCUGGAGCAGCUGCAGCAGGACCUCAAGGCCAGCAGAGCAGCAGAAAAAGCAGCAGAGGAGACACUGAAAACUACGCAGCUGCUGCUGCAGCAGCGAUCCUCAGCAGCAGAACUCGCAAAGGAGAUGUGGCUCAAAGAAAGCGAAAGAGCCUCCAAGCUUGCUGAUGACCUAGACAUUGCUGAGAGAACGAUAGCGCUGCACGAGGAGACAAUAUUGAACGGUACUGCAGAGCAGCGGCGGCUGCAGCAGGAGCUGCAGGGGCUGCAGCGGCUGUUGUAUACAACUCCAGCCGUUGUACAAGCAGCAGCAGCAGCAGCAGCAGCACCAGCAACGGGAGGGAGCCGCAGCGAUGGACGACACAAGCAGCCAGCAGCAGCAGCAGCACCAGCAGACCGGUCGCUGUCUCCAGGGCGCUGCAGCACAGCAAGUUCUCUGCCGAUGGUAUUGGGGGGAGAAGGCCUUCGGGGGGGCCGCAGCAGUGGAAAGCUUUUGCAGCGGCAGCAGCAGCAGCAACAGCAGCAGCAGCAGCAGCAGCAGCGGCUUGCAGACAACCUCUGCAGCAGUAGUGCAUGCGUUGAAUCUGUGACUGACACAGUAGAUGAACCUAUUGCUGCGGGGGAGGCCCCCUUCUGGCAGUUGGCUGUAGGUCUAUUUGCUGCUGCUGCUGCUGCUGCUGCAGCUGCUGCUCUUGCUGCUGCUGCUGUUCUUGCUGUUGCUGCUGCUGUCGCUGCUGCUGCUGUUGCUUUUGCUUGUGCUGUAGCUGGAAGGUGUGGGGUGCUGCUGCGCUGCAGCAACGCGGGCUGA